AUGGCUGAUUUUUAUCAUGAUAUGAUAAAUGAAGUUUUUGUCUUCUUGAUUGAUGAUGAUGAAGAAUUUGUCAGUGAGAUGAUUUAUCUACUUGAGUCUCACGAGUAUAAAGUUAGGACAGUCGAUACGGCUUCACAAGGAAUGUCAAUGCUCUCGAAAGGAAAGGAAAACAUUGAUUUGAUGAUUAUCAAUAUGAAUUCACCCGACUUGCUUUCAUUUCAGCUUUUGAAUCAAGCUAUAACCUCAGAUAUAGUCUCAAUUUGUAUUUGUGAUGAAUACGAUACACGCUCAGCAAAAAAAGCUUUUGAAAAUGGUGCUUAUUUUUACCUGCAAAAGCCACUUCUCCACGAAUAUGUGAAGUCCAUGUGGCAACUUGUAUUGCAAAAGAAUAUACAAAAGGUAAAGGUCAUUGAUUUAGAUAAACAAGAAAAUGACAUCCAUGAAACUACAAAUGGUGUUGUGUGUAAUGAAAAGUACAAAUUGAAGAGAAAGAGAGGUAAAAAGUUGAUUGAAGAAAAAAAGAGUGAAAGCAGUGCUACUAAGGUUGUUAUUCAACAAAAGACUCGUAUUGUAUGGACUGAUGAUCUUCAUAGCAAAUUUCAAGAAGCUGUGAACAAACUUAAUGAUGGCAGAUGUUUUCCAAGUGAUAUUCUAGAGGCGAUGAAUGUACCUGGUCUUACUCUAUAUCAAAUCGCCAGUCACUUACAAAAAUAUCGUAACAAUACUUGGAAAGCUCCAAGGAAGAGAAAAUCUACUUGUCAUUCAUCAAGUCAAUUAGGAACCUCAAGUGGUUCUAGUAACCUUAGAAUAUUUGAGACAAUAUCUCAUCUUAAAAGGAAUGUUACAAAUCUACAACAACAAGAAACCCAGAGAGCCCCAAAAACUCCAUUUCUACCAAAUAAUAAUAUUUUUUCUAGAGGAGAGAGCUCAAGUUUGCAGAAGGUCUAUCACCCACAACUUCAAGUUGAUCCCCAGUACUUCAACCCAUUCGAUACCCCACUUUUAUCAUCGUCUGAAAAUAACAAUGUUGUUGGGCUACAACAACACGAAAAACCUUUAUCCGAAUCAUGGGGAUUGCAAGGAUCAAACAUUGGGACAGCGGAAUAUACACCAGGGCUAAAGUUUAACGAGAUUAAUCAUGCUCAGAAUAACUAUGCCUUGGAUGUAGAAAAAUAUUCAACAAUGUUCGAUACAAAUAUUACAAAUCCAACAAUUAAUGAAUUGGUAGCAGCAAAUAUUGAUUUUCAGCAAUAUAUCGGCGAGUUGCAAGGAUCAAAUAUUGAGAGCGCAGAUUAUACACCCGGGCUAAAGUUUAAUAAUGGAAUUCCUCAUGCUCAAAAUGACUAUGCCUUGGAUGUAGCAUCAUAUGCAACAUUGCCAAAUACAAAUAUUGCAAAUCCGACAAUUGAUGGAUUGAGUGUAGCAAAUAUUGGUUUUGAACAACAUAUUGAUGAACAAAAUAUGGUUCAACCGCUCAACAAUGUUGUCACAACAUCACAUAUGAGUGGUACUCAAGAAAGUGAGCCAAGUGAGAUGAUGAACUGCGAUGAAUUUUUUGAUUUCGAUAAUAUGGAUUUUUUCUUUCAGAAUGAUGAGCCUCCAAGUUUUGACCUAUCCAAUGAACUUGACAGUGCGUUUGAUCAAGCUUACUCUGAUGAUAUGGCAACAUCGAGUGCUCAAUUUCCAGAUAUAACAAGUUUUCUUGAUGAUUCUUCAACUUGA